AAGGGACGCGUGUGUGAGUCACAGGGAGUCGGCGCGUGUGCACUGUGCAGCGGAGAAGGCGCCGCUCUUUUGUAUACCUAUUGAGUAGACUUCUGGUAGUAUGGGAGCCUUCGGGAAAGUAUAAAAGAGAGCUCGUGAGUCGCGGCGAGAGAGACACGGCGGGCUCUCUCUCUCGGAGCAUCUCUAGCGCGCACCCUUUCCUCUUCUCUUCUGCCCGUCUUCCCUCCCGUGCACCAGUACCUGCUCGUCGUACGUCCGUCCGUCCAUCCAUCCCUCUCUUCGUAUUUCUCUCUCUCUCUCUCUCUCUCUCUCUCUGUCUCGUUCUCUCUUCCUCUCGUUUUGACGACGGAGCGGCGAACACGCGUCCGUACGUCCAUCGAGAGUGUCGAGAGCUGAGACUCGAGAGACAGAGGAAAAUAGUUGUAAUACACUCUGCUGACGUUAUUGCGCUCCGAGGAUCGACGGCAGAGCUGAUAAUUUUCCAUUGUCGGCAAUAUGGCCCUCAGUCAAACCAGCGUGUUGAAAUUGUACAACACCGUCAUAGAAGAUGUCAUAGCUGGAGUUCGUGAGGCUUUUUUGGAUGAGGGUGUAGACGAGCAAGUGCUUCAGGAAUUGAAACAAAUAUGGGAAACAAAGUUAAUGUCGAGUAAAGCAGUAGAAUUGAAUCCUGAUCCUCCGGAGCCACAGCCUCCUCAAUUAAAUGCAUUUAAGAAUAGCUCGUCGAGUAAGGGUGGUUCCAAAAGAAAUACAAACACUAACAUAACCAAUGCGCAAGCCAACAUACAACCUCAAGCUCAAUCACAAAUUCAAGAGUCACCAGCCAAUCAACCUCAAAUUCAGCAGCAGUCAUCUCAGCCUCAGUCAACGCAUAUACAAUCACCUCAACCGCAAGCUCGGCCCCAACAAUCUCAGCUACAGCAAUCCCAAAAUCAACAACAGCAAGUACAACACAUUCAGCAUAUGCAAAGUAUGCCAGUUCAACAAGUUCAGCAGAUAGCGCAGCAUCAGUCCAUUCCUCAGCAGCAACAGCAGAUUAUGAAUCAGCCAGCUGCAGCAAUAACAGAUCGACAAGUGUCGAUACAAAUCAAACUGCCCAUUCAUGGGAAUCUGCCCGAACGAUUAAUAAACGUUCACGUUCCAGCUUCUGCGAUCCAAGGAAAUCAAUUGCAUGCAAUUUUCACCGGACCAAUCAUUACAGCAGCAAUAGCUUUACCCGUACCAUUUGCAACAUCCUUACUGCAACAGCAUGUCAACUCAACGUUCGAAGGCUUACCCGGUUUCACACCCGUCCCAGUUCCCCAUCCGGUGCACGUUGUGCCUCAAGGUGCCAAUAACAUCAUGCAACAGCAACUCAUCCAAGGGCAGCAACAAGGGAAUAUUGCUCAACUGGAUGGAGCUGUGGGAGAUUCGUCCGACGAGGAUGACGAUGAAGAGGAAGAAGAAAAUGAUGACGAUGAGGAUCUUGACGAGGAGAAAGAGGAAGAAGAAAACGACGACUCUGGCGCAAGAGAAGAAGAACCUUUAAAUUCUGAGGAUGAUGUAACAGACGAUGAUCCCACAGACCUUUUUGAUACUGAUAAUGUAGUAGUCUGUCAAUACGAUAAGAUCACGAGGAGCCGAAAUAAGUGGAAGUUUUAUUUAAAAGAUGGCAUUAUGAACUUAAGUGGUAAGGACUUCGUUUUUCAAAAAGCCAAUGGCGAUGCUGAAUGGUGAAAACAUACGACGCAGUGUCGAUAUUAAGAAAUAUUUUGUAAUCGAUUACUGCUGGAAAUAAUGGACUGAAAAACAGCUUCGCUGUUUCUGAACUACACAUUCGCGAGUUUAUUUUGGUGAUCAUACUAUGAAAAGAACCUAUGAUUUUGAAUUAAUUUGUUAUUUAAUGGCGUGCAAAGAACAUGUAUUUAGUAAUUAAUUAAAAACAAUUAAUGUUGAUUUUUCUAAUCAGUGGAUGUGAGCCGAUUUUCUUAAUUCGAAAAAAUUCUCUUAUUUUGUUUGUCUAAAGGUACAUUUAACAUAAAUUAUAAUGGCAGUCACGUGGACGACUUGGAACUUUUAAUUUAAAAAUUGCCCAAAUCAAAGAAUGUGAAAAAUUAGAAAACAACUUUUAAAUUCAAAGCGAUAAAAUGAACGUGCAGAAUCAUUGCUUAUAAGAAUACGAAAAAAGUGUCAAACUUGAAAAAAAUAACUAGGAUUAUGCUCUUUUUUUGCUGGGUUUUUUUUUUUUUGGAAAUUUCAUUGUUUAUUGUGAGAAAAGUGAAUAAUUGUAAGUGCAUAUUGAACCAAACUUGGCAGAUAAUGAUUUUACAACAAUUUAAAGAUUUUAAUUAACUAUAAUUACGUUUGUAA